UUACAAUAACAGCAGACACUGACCUCGUGAAGAUGGGUAUGCGUCCUGCCAGCAAUAUUCUAUUACCAUUCUGCAGGAAGUGCGUUCUUUGCACGGUUUGAGGCUGAAAUAGUUUCCGGGAUACAUCCCAGCAGGGAAGCAGCAGCGAAACUUCCUGGUACAGAGGAGAGAGAAGAGUUUCAGAAAGCGCCCGUGACUUCAUGCGAGUAUCCCGCCUGAUCAUGAUGACCUGUACUUGUGUUUGACAAACACCGAAUACCAGCAGUUUGGCAUUGACUGCAUUUAGAUUCAGGUUUCUUUCGAGUGUGCCAAUGGCUGAUGACGAGACCCAGAGUUAUUUCGCCUGGUCUUUCCUGUCCUGGGUCGCGACCUUCUUCAUGGUGUUCGGGGGCGCGGCUCCUUACAUCCCGCAAUACCGCGAGAUCCAAAAAAGUGGCAAUACCGAGGGCUUCUCCACGCACGUGUGCCUGGUGCUGCUGGUAGCGAAUAUCCUCCGCCUCUUCUUCUGGUUUGGAAGAAAUUUUGACGUGACCCUCGUAUGGCAAAGCAUUGUCUUGAUAAUCACCAUGCUGGCCUUGUUACACUUGUGCUGUGAUGUACAGCAAUCGUCCAGGAUAAGCACCAGUAUACAUCUUUUCACAGAUUUUGAUCCCAGGUAUUUUUGGGCCUGGAGCCGCUUUCUUGAUUACAUCCAGUUCUGUUUAUCCUUCACUGCGGCGUGCCUCUUUGUGACGUACCUCCUAAUUGACUCUCAACUCUUUGUGGAAACUCUUGGCUUCUCGGCUGUCCUCACUGAAGCUAUGUUGGGGUUGCCUCAGCUUUGGCGGAACUUCAAGAACAAGUCAACAGCAGGGAUGAGUGUUAAUAUGGUGCUCCUGUGGACCCUGGGCGAUGUCUUUAAGACUGCGUACUUCAUAAUUAAUGCGACCCCAGUGCAAUUCUGGGUUUGUGGGACUCUUCAGAUUUGCAUUGAUAUUGCAAUUUUCUUUCAGGUGUUCACCUACAGGAAAGGAGAGCAUGAAAAAUAUACCUAACAAAACUGCACAGUGAAUGUAUGGCUGCCUGAGCCACAUGACACUGUGUGGGGGGUGCCAAUGCCAAGAAGUUUGUUUUCCUUCCUUAUUCAGGGAAGAAUGUCCUAUGCUAUGACCAGUAUGUUAAAGUGCCUUAGCCAAAGAACAUGUUUCCUGUUAAAAUUUCUUGUCUAUGGGAUGUACACUCACAAUAUUGAAGAUCUCCAACAGGCAAGAGGGAAGAGUUAGCUUUAUAUAAUUCACCAUUCAGUUUUCAAAAAGAGGAGGCAUAAGAUGGCAGCAGAAAAACAGGCUGAUCUUUUGUCACUCUGCGUUUCAUAAGGGCUGACCAGAUAAUUACUGCUAAGUUCCGUGAGUGGUUCUGAAGUUCUCCUCACACCUUAAUGUAACUUCAACUUCAUCAAAAAGUUUUCUGUUUUCACACCGGGACAGGGACUUUUGCUAGCAUGAAGUGUCACCUGUCAUAUUUAGCUGCAUGCUGUGUUGUGAGGCUCCACUGUGUCAGCACCCAUUCAGAAAAUUACCCUGCAUCUCAUUCUUUUAAUAUUUCUUGGGCAAGUGCUUAAAAUUGAAUUACAAUUGAUAUGACUUUAUACUGUUUAUAAUAUGCAGAUAAUGUUUAAUGGGCAUUCUUUGUAUUUUGGAUAAACUAAUGAUAUAAGCUGAAAAAAAAUCUACAAUUCAUUGGAAAUGAAUUCCAAUGUAAUCCAGUAAUGGAUUCAUUAUAUUACAUUGUUGAUUAGGAAGCUGGUAGUAGUCCGUGUUGAUGCUCUGCUCUCUCCUUUUCCAAUCUUGCUUGUGUUUCAUAUUGUUAGAUUUGUUUUUAUAUCAUUUAUGGGCCUUUAUUUUUUGUGUGUUUCCCAACCAGUCUAUCAUUUGCUGGUGGACGUUGGGGAAUUUCCAAAUCACAUAUACCAAGCUCCACGGAAGCUAAUUUACUGUACUCCACAUGUAUGGUGCAUUGAAAUAACCCCAUGAGAGGAUAUUGGAUAAUAAGUAAUUCAAAUAUAAAAUGCUGGUAUCCUCCGAGUGUUUUGAAGCACCUUUGAAAAAGAAGCAGAGCUGAAAUUUCAGCUUAAUGACCUUCUUUGGACUCUAGAUUUUUAUUUCUGGGCUUAUUACUAUUUUUUAAUUUAUUCAUGGACAUCAUGACUAAGAACUAUAUUUGAUUCCAAUCCUUAAUGGUUUUCAAAGGUGGUGUGAAGCUGCCUUCUUUAAUGCUUGCGAUCUUUAUGCAUCAGACACUUCCACAGUGCUUUACCGUAUAGUGUUCCUAGAUUUACUGACAAUCAAAGAACAGUAUUUACAAGAAAAGUUAGUAAUUUGGGGAGGAACUUUGCAUGGAUUCUUUGUGCUUUUGUAUCCAUUAUGCAUGACGACACAGGUAACAGAUUUGGGAGUUGAUGCGAUUUUUAUUACUGAAAUAUUGUUUUAAAAGUUAUUUUAUUGUGUUAUGAUUUUUGGCAACUGGAACGUGAAUAUUUUCUCUACUAAAACUGUUAGAUAGGAUAAACAAGAAGUUUGACCUUAAAACUAAAAUAUGCAUUUUUUUCUGUUGCUGUGACAUUACUGAGAUGGAAAUAAACUGCGUUGUACCCUAUUGGAUAGUAGUUGCUGGGAAGGGCACUCCAAGGCUGAAUAUUUCUACAUACUUAUUUUUUGCAUUAUUGACUUGAUAGAUUGAUGGAUAUUUUUUAAUGUCACAUACCGUAGUUGAACUGAACGCUAUACUUUUCUUUCUAUAAUUUGAUUGGUUGUAGAGUUGGGUAGGGGAAAAAAAGGUUAGUGUGCAUUUCUGACCAUAUAGAUCACAAGGGCAGCUGCAGCCCUCCCACAUUCCCCAAGUCCUGAGGGAGUUGUAUUUUGCUGAUUAUCAGAUAAAAAGGAACCCAACUGGUCCCCAGACUGAGCUGUGGACCAGGGUAGGAUUCCGUCUCUGAGAACGGGCUCGGGCUGGAGACAUCUGGUCACGACUUCUGCCCCAAGAGAAAGAAACGCUUUCCUCAGCUGCUUCGUGAGCAACCUCAGGUAGUCCCCAAAAGGUCCCUGAUCAAUUUGCACUUUGUCUUUUAUAAAUGGGUGCAGUAGCAACCUAAAAAUUACAUUGUGCCCUGGAGUACCAAUUUUUAUAUUUAGCCAUCCUCCUUUCUGCUGAUGAAUAGUAGGCUGCUCAACGCCAGGAGAUUCCUGAAGGAAGCCCAAUAAAUGAAUGGUAGAAUUUAUCCUCCUGUCCAUCUUCCCCACAAUCUAUUAAUUAUGCUAGAAAGGGCCACCAGCUUCGGAACUCCAUAAUGACCUUUGGAUCAUUAAUUAGAAAUAUUUUCCCAGUCUCCCUAUACCACUGUGAUGUGAACAAAAGUUUUAUUAGCAAUAACAAUGAAAUGAAAGACUGUUAGUCAUUUUAGUCAUUCUUAAAAUCUAGUCCAUUGAGUUCUAUCAGAUGAUCUAAGCAGUUACAAUUUUUUUUCUCCAUAAUGUCAUUCAAAAAAAAUGUUACUGGACUUUUAAUAUUGUGGAAUCUACCUCUGCCUUUACCUUUCCUAUUCAGUGUACAAAUACAAUAGUAACAUCAAUCAAAUAAAGCCGUUCCCAUAUUUUUGCACCAAUACCCGAUUCCUUUAUCUCAGGAUGUGCUGUGCUGGAUUCUCUCAGUCGUACUGCCAAUAUUCCACAGUACCACUGGCAAGGAUCCAAUGGACAACUUUGGAAAGUAACCAGCAAUUAUAGUCAUAGAGGAACACAGAACAGAAACAGGCCCUUCAGCCCAACUCAUCCAUGUUGACCAAGACAUCCACCUGAGGUAGUCUCAUUUGCUCUUGUUUUCUUUGAAUCCUUCUCAAUCUUUCCUAUCCGUAUGCUUAUCCAGAUAUCUCUUAAAUGGUGAUAUUGUACCCAGUACAACUACUUCCUCUGGCAGCUUGAUCCAUAUACUCACCAUCUUCUGUGUGAAGAAGUUAUCCCUCAGGCCCCUUUUAAAUCUUUCUCCUCUCACCUUAAAUCAGUACUCCCCAGUUUCACAUUCCCUUUCCCCAAGAAAAAAAAACUUUCAAAUUCACCCUGUCUAGGUCCUUUAAGAUUUGAUGUGCCUCUAUAAGGUUACCCCUACAUUCCAAUGAAGUCCUAACUUGCUCUGCCUCUCCCUACAACUCAGGCUUUUGAAUCUUGGCAGUGUUCCUGUAAAUUUUCUUUGCAGCAGCUGUUACAAAAUCACUUCUGCUCACCUAAAGGGCAGGACCUCAAUCUCUUAAAGGGGUAUUUAAGGAAGUCACUUCAUAGGGCAGGUGCUGACAAUGGCUAAUUCCCUGAGGCAUCUUCUUUCAUUGGAGGUAGACAUGCAGGGUCAGAACAAAAGGGCUGUCCCGAUUACAGAUGGUGAGACUGCACAAGAUUCCCUGAGUGGAGUAAAGGAGGUCACUUACCACCAUUUUUUAACAAAGGUAGCGCCUUUAUUUCUUCAUGUUGCCCCACUUACCCCAACAAUGGAUGUCACUGCGGCAGUACAGGACAGGCAUGAGACAACAGGGCUUACUGCAAAUGUUGCAUCUUCCUUUGACUUCCCAUAGAUUCUGGCUGAGUCAUUGCUGUAGUGUACCAUCAGAAAGAUACCAGUGCAGCAGUUGGGAUCACAGUCUGCAUGUUUCUGUAGCUUUUGGAUUUCUUUUUUGUUGAUUUUUGCAAAGAAGGACUCAGCAUGGCCUUCCAAAAAUACAUCUGUUACAUAAGCAGAUUCUUCUAGUGCAUUGUGAAAAUGAACGUCAGAUGAUUUGUGCAUGUGCAAUUAUAGGUGGUGAAGUUUUUCCUCACCUUCUCCAGGGCUUGAUUUGUUAGUCUGCACCAUUACAGAAUGUACUGCCACUGUGAUUCUCAGGUUGAAUUGCAUUGGACUCCAGCAGGGCUGGGUGACUUUGCUAGUACAUUAUUAAUCAUGGCUUUUUUUUAAUGGGCCAGAUUUUGGCAGUGAUUUUACUUGUCAGUGUCAAUAAUUGUCACUUUCAUUGUUUCUGCACUGAAGCCUACAACAUGCUUUAAUAUAGCGAUACUGGGCUAGCUUUUGAAGACUUGACGAACAUUACAGUCCCCAAUAUGACAUCUAUAACUUCCUUUGUCAAAACCUUUUGAUAAAAUAAAGAUGUUAAUGCUCUGAACAGAAUAGAACUUUUCAUGCUUGAAGUAUUCCAUAGUUCUGUUCAGAAUAGUUUAUUUUGAUAUAUUUUUAAUGUUUAGGCACAGAUAAACCCUACAGCCACUGCAUUAUAUAACAAUUCUAAUGCUGCAGUGAGUUACUUCAAACACAAUUCACCAGACAGAAUGGCCAGCUUUGGUUAUUAUAUGUGAUACAGCAGCACUUAAGUUUAAUUCAAUUACAUUUUCACUUAUGCAUGGCUGAGUUUUAUUUUCAGCAGCUUGAUGAUGGAUGUAAUUCUGUAAACCAGGACAAUUUUUCUUUAUAGUCACUUGUAACGCAACAUACAGUGGCAAAACAAGCAUAUUCUACCUGAGAAUGUUCAAAAAUUGUUAACAGUAGACACAUAAAAUGCUGGAUAGCUUUCAAUGAAUUUAAUAUGGUAGCUGUAAAUCAUGCUGACUAGCAACACCACAAGAAUUUAAGCCAGUUUAAACCUUGGUCCUUGUGCUGGUACAGAGGACUAAGUACAACUCUUGUCCAUAUAAUUAUCUCCCUGACUCCCUUGUUACUUAGAACUUGUGUAAAGAUUUUAAGAUGCAGUUAAUUAUCGUUUGCCUGAAUCAGAAUUGUCAGAACUCAUCAUUGAGAAAUCCAAGACUUGUUUGAUGUUUUGUGUGCUGUGCCAGGAUCACGUGUCAAAAUAUGUAAGAAAUUCAUUAUGUUUCAUCUUACAGCACAACAUCCCUCUCCCAACCCAGAUGACCAUCUAGUCAAGCUUUAUGUCACAGUCCCUAUUAAAACUAUAUACCCCCCCCCCCCGGGACUUUUCCUAUUUUAUUGUUUUACAUUGAAUUACAGUGGAUUUAAUUUGGCUUUUUUGACACUGAUCAACAGAAAAGUCUCUUUCAAAUCAAAGUGAAAUCAAAUUUCUACAAUUUGGUCUAAGUUUAUUACAGUCAUUAAACUCAAGAUAAGUGAUUGCUAAUUACUCACCCCCUUCAAGUCAGUAUUUAGUAGAUGCACCUUUGGCAGCAAUUGCAGACUUGAGUCUGUGUGGAUAGGUCUCUAUCAGCUUUGCACAUCUGGACACCACAAUUUACAAAACUACAGAAGUUCUGUCAGAUUGCAUGGGGAUUGUGACUGAACAGUCCUUUUCAAAGUCCAGCCACAAAUUCUCAAUUGGAUUGAGGUCUGGAUUCUGACUUGGCUGCUCCAGGACAUUAACUUUGUUGUUUUUAAGCCAGUCCUGUGUAGCUUUGGCUUUAUACUUGGGGGUCAUUGUGUUGAUGGAAAACAAAUCUUCUCCCAAGUCACAGUUCUCUUGCAAACUGCAUCAGGUUUUCCUCUAGGAUUUCCCCACAUCCAUUUUACCCUCUACCUUCUCAAGUUUUCUUGGUACUGCUGCAGUGAAGCAUCCCCACAGCAUGAUGCAGUCACCAUGCUUCACAGUAGGGAUGAUGUAUUUUUGAUGAUGCAAGCUGUUUGGCUUACACUAAAGCAUAGCAUUUAGUCAGAUGGCCAAAAAGCUCAAUUUUGGUUUCAUCUGACCAUAAAAACCUCUUCCUCUGACUUCAGAGUCAUCCACAUGCCUUCUGGCAAACUCUAGCCAAGAUUUCAAGUGAGUUUUUUUCCAACAGUAGCUUUCUAUUUGCUACUCUCCCAUAAAGCACCCAGGUGACAGUUGUGUGCCCAGUCUCUCCCAUCUCAGCCAUUGAAGCUUGUAACUCCACCUGAGUUGUCAUAGGUCUCUUGGUGGCCUCCCUCAGUAGUCCCCUUCUUACACAGUCGUUCAGUUUUUGAGGGCAACCUAAUCUAGGCAGACUUACAGCUGUGCCAUAUACUUUCCAUUUCUUGAUAAUUGACUUAACUGUACACCAUGGGAUAUUCAGUGCCUUGGAAAUUUUCUUGUAUCCAUCUCUUGACUUGUGCUUUUCAAUAACCUUUCCACAGAAUUGCUUGGCGUCUUCUUUUGUCUUCACGGUGUAGUUCUUGCCAGGAUACUGACUCACCAGUAGUUGGACCUUCCAGAUAUAGCUGUAUUUUUACUAUGAUCAAUUGAAACACCUUGACUGCAAACAGAUGAUCUCAAUUUAACUAAUUAUGUGACUUCUAAAACCAAUUGGCUGCAUUUUGUGUUUUAUAUUUGUACUUAAUUUAGAAUCAUUUUGUAGAGAUCUAUUUUCACUUAGACACAAAAGAGCCUGUUCUGUUGAUCAGUGUAAAAAAAAAGCCCAAGUAAAUCCACUGUGAUUCAAUGUUGUAAAACAAUAAAACAUGAAAACUUCCAAGGAGGCUGAAUACCUUUUAUAGGCACUCUAUUCACAGUGGAACGAUUACACAAUUAUCCUCGUGUGUACAUAGUGAAUGUAAACUUAAUGCUGCGUUCUGCUGUUAAUGAUUUUACAGUUGUUUUCCUUUUUAUCAAUAAAGGUCAGAUAAAACUUACAAAUAUUGUAUCUUAAAGAACACUUGUUAUUCUGUUAAGUUGCUUAAAACUUUGCAUUUUGAUGUGUCUUUUGUUAUUUCAUUUCUUAUAUGACAAAACUACAGGAGUACAGUAUUAAAAAGCUUAAUUAAACAUU